GCUGUCAAGAGACAUAACUUGACUAAAAUGUGGUUCAUGAAGAUCAUUGAUGAAAGAGAGAAGAAUUUGGACGAUAGAGCAUACCGUAACAUCCAGGAGCUUGAAACGUAUGCUGAGAACACUCAGAGUGCUCUCUUGUACCUCACCUUGGAAAUGCUGGGUGUGAGGGACAUCCAUGCUGACCAUGCAGCCAGCCAUGUUGGGAAAGCGCAAGGCAUAGUUACCUGUUUAAGAGCAACUCCAUAUCAUAGUACGAGACAAAAGGUCUUUCUUCCCAUGGACAUUUGUAUGUUGCAUGGAGUUUCACAAGAGGAUUUCAUAAGAGGCAAGCAAGAGAAAAAUGUGAGAGAUGUAAUUUAUGACGUUGCCAGCCAGGCCCAUAUUCAUCUAGAACAUGCUAGAUCUUUCAGUAAGAAAGUUCCUGUGAAGGCAUAUCCUGCUUUUUUCUGUACGGUUGCUUUAGAUGAUUAUUUAUAUAGUAUGCGAAAAGUGGACUUCAAUGUAUUUCAUCCAAGCUUACAAAGGAAGAGUAUGUUAUUACCAUUGCAUUUAUAUAUUAGAUCUUGGAAAAAAACGUAUUAAAGUGGUUUUUUUUAAUAUG